GUUCCCCAGGCCGCCCGUGUCCUGCCUGUGUGCCCGGGAGGUGGGGACGCGGGAACGUCCACGCCACACUUCAGUUCCGCAUACCCGGCCAGCCCCGUGCUCACAAGCAGGUGAGCGGGGAGCAGCCAGCCUGCUGUGUCAGGGGGAGGAGGCAGCAUGAUGACAGGGGCAGCUCAUCACUGCAGAGCAGGAAGUGCCAGUCUGCCGACAUCAGGUAAACACAGCGGUGUGUGAGCGCAGACAGCCCGUCCUGAGGGUCAGGGGCACAGUGCAUGGCACACCUGUCACCCCUCUGAUCUCUGCUCUGAAGGAUAAGCUGUGUCUUGGCAUUAAGGGUUACCAGGAAGGGUUCAUAAGGACACCAAGGAACUAGACAUCAAGAUCUCUGCUACUAGGACUACUACUCCAGCGGAGCCUGGCAAUGGCACGUCACCACAAGCCGAUGUAUGUAUGCCAGGCAGGAGUAUGAUGGGCGCUGCCGGAUACCCCAGGAGACAUUGCUACUGAAGUGUCUGAGACUGGAGACAAUUGCCUGCUUACUGACUGAUCCCAGAUCUUCCAAGACAACUCAAGACCGACAAACUGGAUCCUACGACUGAAGACCCUUCAAGUGACCAUACCUACCGCCCAAUGCUGUACUGACCGACACAUCAUCGCACUUGCCCAUACACCUAUUUAUUAUUUCUUGCUGUGUACUUUGUAUCAUUUACUAUCUCGCUGUCACCAUGGAUGCCUCCUUACUGGAACUGGAUGCCCUGAAGUUCGCCAAGUUAGCGGUGGUCAACGAUCAGAUAGGCAAAUACAAGGAGGCGGUCUUCUAUUACAAGGAGGCCGCUCAAGCACUAAUUUAUGCUGAAAUGGCAGGAUCCUCACUAGAGAAUAUUCAGGAAAAGAUAAAUGAAUACCAGGAAAGAGUUGAAGCACUUUACACUGCAGUUCAAGCCCAGAACAUUGACCCCUUAAAGUCAAAGCAGCAUUUGGAUCUAGAACGAGCGCACUUCCUUGUCACCCAGGCGUUUGAUGAAGACGACAAAGGCAAUGUAGAAGAGGCGAUUGAGCUGUACUCUCAGGCAGUGGAGCUUUGCCUGACGACGUCCAAUGAAACUACGGAUCAACACAUGCAAACAAAACUGAAGCAGUUGGCUCGACAAGCUUUGGACAGAGCAGAAUCGCUGAAAGACUCCAUGUUUAAAGCCGCUUCAAAAGAUAAGCCAUCUGCCCCCAAGCAAAACCAAAACCAACCGACACGAAACUUCCUGCCUUUGGGUCCAGACUUCAGCCUAAACGAUAAACCGGCAUCUGCCAGACCGUCCCAGAACAGCGAGCCCCCUCGUCAGAGGUAUACAGCGGAGGAAAUAGAAGUGCUGAGGAAGACCUCAAAAAUUAAUGGCAUUGAAUAUGUGCCUUUCAUGAGCGUUGAUCUGCGAGAGCGCUUCGCCUUCCCUAUGCCUUUCUCAGACAAGUUUGGCAAGUUGGCAUUGUCCCCCAAGCAGAAAGCCAUGUUUUCCAGGUGGGUGAGGCCGGAUGAAAUCACCAACAACCCCACCAUGAUCUACACUGUCUCCAGUUUCAGCAUUAAGCAGACAAUAGUGUCCGAUUGCUCUUUUGUGGCCUCCCUCGCCAUCAGUGCUGCCUAUGAAAGACGCUACAACAAGAAACUGAUUACAAGCAUAAUCUACCCACAAAACAAAAAGGGAGAACCAGAAUACAACCCUUGUGGGAAAUACAUGGUGAAGCUGCACAUUAAUGGCGUACCUAGAAAGGUGAUCAUAGAUGACUUUCUGCCAGUGGAUCAUAAUGGAGAGCUCUUGUGCUCCUAUUCUAACAACAAGAAUGAACUAUGGGUGUCUCUUAUUGAAAAAGCCUACAUGAAAGUGAUGGGAGGUUAUGACUUUCCAGGAUCUAAUUCAAACAUUGACCUGCAUGCGCUGACUGGAUGGAUACCUGAGAGAAUUGCUAUGCACUCUGACAAUCAAUCCUUUGACAAAGAAAGCGCUUUUAGAAUGUUGUACCAAAGAUUUCACAAAGGCGAUGUCCUUGUUACCACAGCCACAGGGGUGAUGUCUGAAGAGGAGGGUGAAAAGUGGGGCUUGGUACCGACACAUGCAUAUGCCGUCUUGGACAUUAGAGAAUACAAGACAUUACGUUUUCUCCAGCUAAAGAAUCCAUGGAGCCAUUUACGGUGGAAAGGUCGUUUUUGUGAGAAAGAUGAGAGAAGCUGGACCCCAGAGCUACAGAAAUACUUAAACUUUGACCCACGGACUGCCCAAAAAAUUGAUAAUGGUAUUUUCUGGAUCACAUGGGACGACCUGUGUCAGUAUUAUGACGUCAUUUAUUUGAGCUGGAAUCCAAGUCUUUUUAAAGAAUCCACAUGCAUUCACAAUACAUGGGAUGCAAAACAGGGUCCUGUGAAAGACGCCUACAGUCUUGCCAACAAUCCCCAGUACAGACUUGAUGUCCAGUGUCCAAAGGGCGGAGCUGCAGUGUGGAUUUUGCUAAGCAGGCACAUCACUGAUAAGGAUGAUUUUGCCCAAAAUCGAGAAUUUAUUACACUGGUUGUUUACAAGAAUGAUGGCAAAAAGGUUUACUACCCAGCUGACCCUGCACCUUAUAUCGAUGGAAUACGGAUAAACAGUCCUCAUUACCUUACAAAGAUCCCUCUGACCACCCCUGGUACCCACACGUUUACUUUAGUGGUGUCUCAAUAUGAAAAGCAGAACACUAUCCACUACACACUCAGGGUGUAUGCAGCUUGCAAGUUUACAUAUUCCAAAAUCCCAACACCAUAUACAAUUAACAGACGGAUUAAUGGCCAAUGGAAAGGCCAGAGUGCAGGAGGCUGCGGUAACUUCAGAGAUACCCACAAAAAUAAUCCCAUCUAUCAGUUUAACAUGGAGAAAGCUGGACCAUUACUGGUUGAGCUCAGAGGACCAAGGCAAUACAGCGUGGGCUUUGAGGUAAUAACAGUGUCCACAAAUGGUGAUGCAGGACCUUCAGGCUUCCAGAAGAAAAGCAGCGGCGAUUACAGAUGUGGUUUCUGCUAUCUGGAAAUAGACAAUCUCCCAGCAGGAAUUUACAAUAUUAUGCCUACUACAUUCUUGCCCGCGCAGGAAGGCCCAUUCUUUUUGGACUUCAAUAGUGUAAUUCCCAUUCCCAAAGUGUCACAGCUACAAUGAUAAAGAACAAGGAGCAAUACCUCUCAGGACUUUUCUCUGCAAUACAAUUCCACCUUAAGGGAGAAAUCUGGAAAGCAUGGCACUUACAUGACUUGUGAUACAGCUCUAGAUUAUUAUACACUGCUUUCAGCUCCUACACAAGGACAAGGGCUCUUUUAUGGAAGGGAAAGGAUACUGCUGUUAAGAUGCAGUAUAUAGGUCUACUUGAAUAUUUUAUUGGAGAAUUUCAAUAAAUAGUCCUAAAAAAUAAA